AUGGGUAGCUUUUUGGACGAAGUUAAGCAAUUAUUCGACACCGAUAACCUCUACACACUCCUUGGUUGUGAUAAAAGCAGCACCCCAGCUGAGAGUAAACUCGUUCUUUUGCUACUAACAUUGUUAGUUAAAAGGGCAUUUUACAAGUGUUCCUUGAAAUAUCAUCCCGACCGUAAUGAGGGAAAGGACAAAAGUCUUGCCACUGCACAGUUCCAAGCUAUCUCUAGGGCUUUUUCUAUCCUAUCGGACAAAGAUGCUAAGGAUGUAUACGACGAAACAGGCAUAAUUGGGGAAGCCUUCUCAGAAAAGUCAUUUAAAGACUGGGUCGACUACUUUAAUCUCAUAUUUCCGCGUUUCACUGAAAAGGAUAUUGAGAAACAGAAAAAGAAAUACAUUGGGAGUGAAGAGGAGAAGAAUGACAUUGCCAAGUACUACGAACGCUAUCAAGGAGACAUGGACAAAAUCAUGGAAAGUGUUAUCUUUGCUGACGUUUUCGAUGAAGAUCGCUACCGUGGCAUAAUUCAAGAUCUGAUAGACGAUAAGACUGUUAAGCCCUAUAAUGCUUUUGUUAAAGAGUCUGCAAAAAAGCGUGCCAGACGCCUAAACAGGGCUAAGAGGGAGGCUGCAGAAUUUGAGCGCCAGGCUAAGAAACAGAAGACCUCAGAGGCGAAAGAAAAUUCAAUGGAUUCCUUGGUCCUCGCUAUCCAGGCCAACCAAGAGCAGCGCAUGAAGGCCGCCAACAACUUAAUCGACAAUCUUACGGCAAAGUACUGUCAACCACCAAAUAAGAAGGCCCGUAAGAGUAUUAGAGGAAAAAAAUGA